AUGGAUAACGUUGCUGAUCCGUGGUACAUAAGCUCCUCGGGCUUCGUGAAGGACCUUCAAGAUGAAGACUAUAAUCAACAUCCUGAUAAUGUCAAUGCUAACAUACCGCAAUCCGAAAAUUAUCCUUUGAAUAAUGAUAAUGCCAAUGGUCUUGAUAACUUGAUAGGAAUGGACUACUAUAACAUUGAUGACCUGUUGACUCAAGAGCUGAGAGACCUAGAUAUUCCUUUAGUACCUUCCCCUAGGGCUGGUGAUGACCUUUGUGAUAAAAAAAAUAUGGACAGCGCUUGGAGUUUUGGUGAUGACAACAAUAAAUUUUCUCACUAUAGCAAGAAAUCAAUGUCAUCACAUAAGAGAGGUCUAAGUGGCACAGCAAUAUUCGGAUUUCUUGGUCACAAUAAAACAUUGAGUAUCUCCAGUUUGCAGCAAUCUAUUCUAAACAUGUCAAAAGACCCUCAACCUAUGGAACUCAUAAACGAAUUUAAAACCCAGACUGCAAAAGCCAAUAAUGAGGAUUUUGCCCAAAUAAGGGAAAAGGAUGGUGAAAAUAGCUAUUUAAGUCAGGUCUUGCUAAAACAGCAGGAGGAGCUAAGGAUUGCGCUUGAGAAACAAAAAGAAGUGAACGAAAAAUUGGAGAAGCAGUUAAGAGAUAAUCAGUUACAGCAAGAAAAAUUGCGAAGAGUAUUGGAAGAACAAGAAGAAGUGGCUCAAAAAUUAGUAUCUGGGACUGCAAAGUCCAACUCCAAACCCGGAUCACCAGUAAUAUUAAAGACACCAGCGAUGCAAAACAGUAGAACAAAGGAUAAUGCUAUAAUCGUCACGACAAACUCUGCAAAUGGAGGGUAUCAAUUCCCCCCACCGACAUUAAUAUCUCCUCCUAUGUCCAAUACAUCAAUGAAUGGUUCCCCAUCCAGAAAAUACCGUAGGAACAGAUAUCCGAAUAAAAGCCCAGAAAGUAACGAGUUGAACCUAUUUCCCUCUAACAGCGCCUACUUAAGAGAUUCUGAAUUGCUCUCAUUUUCUCCACAGAAUUAUGAUUUAAAUAUGAAUACUCUUGCAUAUGAUUAUGAGUACAACAAUAGGGACAAAAACGAUAAUAGUAAGAGAAUCAAUACAGGCGACAACAUUUCCCGACUGUUUGAAAAGACUUCUCCAGGUGAAAUUAGUACCUCUCCAAGGAUAAGUGGAAACGGUUUGAGAUCACCAUUUCUCCUCAUUGCCGAUAAAAACAGGGAUGACCGAUAUCUCGCUAGCACGUUCACACCUAGAACACAGUUAUCACCUAUUCAUAAAAAAAGAGAAUCUGCAGUUUCCACAGUCUCGACUAUUUCACAAUUACAAGAUGAUACUGAACCCAUCCACAUGCGAAAUACCCAGAUCCCAAUGGCUAGAAACGGAAACGCUUUGCCAUCAUCCACCAUAUUACCUCCAAUUCCGGGUUCCAGCAAUAACACACCAAUUAAAACUUCUCUACCACAAAAGCAUAUAUUUCAACAUACACCCGUUAAAGUCUUACCAAAGGACAGAAAUAAUCUAGAUCCUCUUUUAAACGCACCAGAUUUAACAGAACAUCAGCUGGAAAUUAAGACACCAAUACGAAGAGACAGCCAGAAUGAGAUGGAUUGUCGUACGCGAGCACCACCUAUUGCACGGAAUCCUCAUAAAAGCCCUACUUUGGACAUUACUCCUCCCCCUCCAGGCGAAAUAAUACCUAGAACAUCACCUAUGAAAAUCACGAAGAAGCCAACAACGCUGCCUCCGGGUACCAUUGACCAGUAUGUUAAGGAACUACCCGAUAAACUUUUCGAGUGCCUGUAUCCUAACUGCAGCAAAGUAUUCAAACGCAGAUACAAUAUAAGGUCCCACAUUCAAACACACUUACAAGACAGACCAUACGCAUGCGACUUCCCCGGUUGCGCAAAAGCAUUUGUCCGCAAUCAUGAUUUAAUAAGACACAAGAUUUCCCAUAACGCCAAGAAAUUUAUUUGCCCAUGCGGAAAGAGAUUUAACAGGGAAGACGCCCUAAUGGUGCACAGAAGUCGGAUGGUUUGCACGGGUGGUAAAAAACUAGAGCAUUCUAUCAGCAAGAAGCAUAUAUCACCCAAAAAGAGCCUACUUGACAGCCCAUAUGAGACAAGUCCCGUGAAAGAAACUAUUGCCCGAGACAAAGAUGGAAGUGUCCUAAUGAAAAUGGAACAACAGCUGCGAGAUGAUAUGCGGAAACACGGAUUAUUGGAUCCACCACCAUCCACGGCGCCAUAUGAAAAAAAUCCGAGUCCUACCCCUUCGAACGAAAGUGUCGGUCUCUGA